ACGAACAGCUGCGUUCACGGCAUCUGGAUUCCUGAUCCUUUUGGAACAUGGCAGGUGUGAGUGGUUGUAUAAAAUAUUCCAUGUUUAUCUUCAACUUCUUAUUCUGGCUAUGUGGUAUCUUGAUCCUGGCAAUAGCAAUAUGGGUACGAGUAAGCAAAGAUGGUCAAGAGAUUAUCAGUUCUGGAGACAAAGCCACCAACUUCUAUGUUGCUGCAGAUAUGUUGAUUGCUGUGGGCGCCAUCAUCAUGAUCCUGGGCUUCCUGGGAUGCUGUGGAGCCAUGAAAGAAAGUCGCUGCAUGCUUCUCUUGUUUUUCAUAGGCUUGCUUCUGAUCCUGAUCCUGCAGUUGGCAACAGGAAUCCUAGGAGCUGUUUUCAGAUCAGAGUCUGAGCAUGUUCUAAAUUCAACUCUCUAUGAAAACGUAAAGCUGUUGAGAGAAACAAGUGAGGAGGCAAAAAUGUUCCAGCAGGCCCUGAUUGAAUUUCAAGAAGAGUUUAAAUGCUGUGGUGUGGUCAAUGGAGCUAUUGAUUGGGGAAACAAUUUUCAACAAAAUUACAAAUCAUGUGAAUGUCCAGUUGUGUCAGAAUCUUGUACAUAUUAUGAAGGACAAUUUGUGUACAAACAGCCAUGUAUUUCUUUGAUAAAAGACUUUGUUAUAAAACAUAUUAUUAUAAUUGUUGGAAUAGCAUUUGGACUGGCAGUUAUUGAGAUGCUUGGUUUAGUGUUUUCUAUGGUCCUGUACUGCCAGAUUGGGAACAAAUGAAACUGUGGAUAUGUCAAGCUAUCAUCAGCCAAACCCCUUUUUAAAAUGUCUCUAGACAUAGCUAGAAUAUGAAUAUCUUCUAGACACAUUGGACAUAUUUAAGAAUUGAGGGACACAAUAAAAAGUAUAUGAAUGUGUAUUUUUACUCAAAAUAAAAGUAACAUUGUUUACAUGGUGCCUUCCUAUUUCUAAAUGAUUGUGUUCAGGUAAUGCUGUAUUUAAAAUGCCCAUCUAGAGCCACCCAGUGGAAUAACCUACAUUUCCAAGUGACAGGGCCAUAGAUAGACAAGACAGUGUAUCUGCGAUCUUCAGAAUCAACACUGUCUUCGGUAUAAUCUGUCCACUGUUGAUGAUAAGAUUGAAUUAAAUCUGAAGCUGAAAUAAUUGAGAGUGUCCUGCUAACGGGUCAACAUCUCUUUUCUACGUAUGGCAAUGACUACUAACGAUGUCUCUCUCUUGCUAACAUCUAUUGUGGGGACAAACAUAUGUGAGUGUCUGUCUCCCAGCCAUUGGAUCUCUGGUACAUUCUGAAUCUUCCUCUGGGACACAGAAGUAUUUUUAAAAUUUACUUUUUGUCAGAG